AUGGUCAUGGAGUUCUGCCUCCACCAAGUGGGCCAGCGAACUGCACGAACAGUGCAGACAGGGGUGUAUUUGCUGUGGCAGUACAAGGUCUGCUGGACACCUGAGACUUCCAACGACAUACAUGCCAAGGUUGCCAAACGCCUGGUGGAAUGCCUACGCCGCAACGAAGGCCUGUACGUCAAGUUUGGCCAGGCAAUGUCAACUAUGGACGUUAUUCUGCCGGAGGAAUACAAAUCCGAGCUGAAGACUUUGCAUGACCAAGCCGCGACUUUUGAGUUCAAAGAAGUCCGGAGAGUUGUUGAGUCGCAGCUGGGCCAAAGCUUGAGCGAGGUGUUCUCGGAAUUCGAGGAGACUCCCAUUGCUUCUGCCAGCAUUGCGCAAGUGCACCGUGCACAACUGCGGCCAGAGUUUGCAGAGGGGCAUGAAGGCAACGACUCCUUGGCUGUGGCAGUCAAAAUCCAGAAGCCGAACAUCCCGGCCCAGAAUAGAUGUGACCUUGCGGUGUACAAGCUCGUACUGACCGUCUUGGAGUAUGCCUUCGAUUUGCCAAUGGUUUGGACAUAUGGCUACACGCGCCAGCAAUUGGAAGCAGAGCUCGACUUCCGCAUAGAGGCACGCCAUGCCCGCCAGGCAGCUGAAGAGCUGGACGCGUGCAGUCAAUUCCGUGGAAAAGUCAUCGUGCCAGCUGUUCAGGGGAAGGUUUCGGGAGAACACGUACUGGUCAUGGAGUGGGUGGACUCCUUGGGCCCUGCCAGCGAUAGCAAUGCCUUGAAGAAAGCGGGGCUUAGGCCCGUAGAUGUGAUGCGGACGGCAACUGAAGUCUUUGGGUAUCAGAUCUUCAGCACGGGCCACGUGCACUGCGAUCCCCACCCCGGAAACUUGUUGGUGCGCUUGGCUCCUGCAGAAAGCUCUGAGAAAUGGCAACUGGUCCUUCUAGAUCAUGGCCUCUACUGCGAAUUGAACCCGGCUUUGCGCCGUGACUACGCAGACUUUUGGGUGGCAGCUGCUUUGGGGGACACCGCAUCCACGGUCCGAAUCUGCAGUCAGUGGGGCAUUGCUGAUCAAGAUGCUGCAGAGCUCUUUGCUUCAUUGACUCAGUUCCGACGGGUGCGCUUGGGGGCCCAAAGACUAGAUGCCAUGGCCUCCCUUUUUGGGUCGCGGGGCAACAAGAAGGCUGAUGUGAUGCCACAUGCCCCGAAGAAGCUCACUGCGAAAGCAAUGGCCGAAGCUCAGCAGAAGCUGAAGGCUCGUGCGAAGAAGGUUCUGGGAGAUACAGCCGCCUUCCCCCGUGAGUUAUUGUUCGUCGGGCGGAGCUUGAAUAUGAUCCGCUCCGCUAACUUUGCCCUGGGCACGGCUGUGAACCGUGUGGCCAUCCUAGCAGAGUGUGCUGCAGCAGGUGCUGCGCUCCAGGGCGGGUCCUUGGCUUCCAGGCGGAUGGCCGUCUGGAAGUUUCACUUCAGAGUCCAGAGCCUCCUCUUUCUCAGCAAGCUCUUCCAGCUUUGGCAAAGUCUGAGCUCUCUUGGCCUUGCUCCAGCAUUGUUGGGGCUCACGGGCCUCUUCUUGCGAUUGAGCCAACAAAAGCCGUGGAGCCACGCGGCCUUCCCGGCCCGGAGGCCGGAGGCUGAGGUGACCGCAGGUGAGCAUGCAGCAGUUGACCUCGCGGGAUUUUGCACGAGCGCAGCGCUCGAGGAGGACAUGCUCAGUGCAAUGGUGGCUCGAAUCAUGGCGUGGUAUCCUUCCUACGUCAUUACAUUGAUCUUUCUAUGCGUCGUCUUUUUCUCCUACAGUGCUUGGGACUGGACCAGCUUCUUGGCACACGUCUUCCUAAUCAGCGGCAGUUUCCAAGAACAUCGAGAGGCUGCAUUUCCUUAUUUGCCUUGCAGUUGGUGGUUCACUUGCCUGGCUGCCUACACCCUGGCGUGGCUUCCCAUGCACAACAUCCUCAGGCUUAGCAGCGACUCCGUAAUUUGGACGAUGUUUGUCAUGGCAACUGCCGUUGUGAUCCCGUCGGUGCUCCUGGAGUGGCUUUUCUUCAAGGACAUGGCCAUCUUUGAGAUGUUUCAGUACAGUUUCGCAUUCUUUUACGGGCAAGCCUUGGCAGUGUGGCAGGUGAAUCACUGCAUGCUAUUGCAAGUGCAGACGGCAGCACCUUCACGCCAGCUUCGAAUCCUGCAGUUGGGCACUCGUUUGCAGAAUGUUUUUGGCCAGGAUGCUGUACGAAGCGUCCAGCCAUUGUUUGAUGUCUAG